GUGAGGUAAGACAAUGGAUAUAUGUAAAGGAAAGUAGUUCUAAGACAAAUGAGGAAAAUUCUAUUAUGCGUGCUUUGAAACUUAGCUAUUCUAAUUUGGAGUUGUCAUUGCGGAGAUGCUUUUCUUUUUGUGCAAUUUUCCCCAAAGAUUUUGAAAUAGACAAGGAAGAAUUGAUUCAUCUCUGGAUGGCUAAUGGGUUUAUUGAAAGUGAAAGAAACAUAGAAGUGGAGGAUGUUGGAAAUAAAGUGUGGAAUAAAUUAUACAGUAGAUCAUUUUUUCAGGAAGCAAAGUGUGAUGAGUUUGGUAUGGUCAAAAGUUUCAAGAUGCAUGAUCUAUUUCAUGAUCUUGCCCAGUCUAUUAUGGGUGAAGAAUGUGCGGCUUUUGUGGAAGGAAGGUUGACUCCGUUGUCAAGUAGAGUUCACUAUUCAACCUUGUUAUCUUCUGAUGUUUCUUUUGGACGAUUCAAGCAUGCUUUCAAGAAAGUUGAAUCCCUGCGGACUUUUCUUGAUUUGCGGACUUCUUUUGUUCUUGGUAAUGUUGCCCCGGUGCCAUCAAACCAUUCUCUCCGAGCAUUAUGCACAAGGUCUUCUUUGUUGUCCCCACUCAAGGAUUUAACACAUUUGAGAUAUUUGAGUUUGAAUUGUGGUUAUAAAGCAAACUUAAAUAACGUUAUUUGUCAAAUGCGGAAAUUGCAAAUUUUGAAAUUGAAACGUUCAACAUAUCUUCAUGGACUGCCCAAAAACUUGACACAAUUACAAGAUCUAAGACAUAUUGUGAUUGAUUAUUGUAAUUCAGUAGUAGAGACGCUUCCCAAAAUUAGCAAGUUAAGGCAUCUAAGAACACUAAGCAUUUUCGUGGUGGGUUCAAAGCCAGGGUGUGGCUUAGCAGAGUUGCAUGGCUUAAAUCUGGGAGGCAGGCUAAGAAUCAGAGGCCUUGAGAACGUUCCGAAUGAAUGGGAUGCUAAACAAGCAAAUUUGAUUGGUAAGAAGGACUUGAAUAUCCUGCACUUGUCAUGGGAUGGUAAUGCUAAUCCAAAAGGUAGUUAUGUAAGUGUGGAGAGAGUAUUGGAAGCCCUAGAACCUCCCUCAACUCUCAAGAGUUUUGGGAUGAAUGGAUAUAAAGGAAGACAGCUACCCAGUUGGAUGAGAAGUUCUCUAGUUUUGAGAGACUUGGUGGAAGUUGAGCUCUCCGGCUGUGACAACUGUGAGGAGCUUCCCCCACUUGGUAAACUAGCACACUUGAAAAGGCUAAAGGUGAGUGGAAUGAAAAAUGUGAAGUGGAUAGAUGGUGAGACGUAUGACGGCGUGGAGGAGAAGGCAUUUCCAUCGUUGGAGGAACUGAUUGUUGAUAAUUUACCAAAUUUGGAGAGGUUGUUGAGGGAUGAAGGAGUAGAGAUGGUCCCUCGUCUUUCCCAAUUAAGAAUUGAUGAUGUGUUGAACUUUAAAGUCCCACGUCUUCCUUGUGUUGAGACAGUUCAUGCUAGAGGAAUUGAGGCAGUGACUUCUUUCAUGGAAGGGGUUGGGGAGAGUAUGGCUUGUCUAAAGACCUUAAGCAUUAAAUUCAUUAAAGGAGUGGUGGUAUUACCCGACGAAUUCAGGAGGUUGGGUGCACUACAGGAACUAUACAUUAGAGAAUGGUAUGAUGUGGAGUAUUUUCCAGAACACGUGCUGGAAGGUCUAACUUCUCUUCGAACUUUGUCCGUUGAAUACUGUGAGAAAUUGAAAUCGUUGUCUGAAGGUGUGCGACAUUUGGCUUGUCUUGAGAAUUUGAGAAUCGAUAAUUGUCCAGAGCUGGUGGCUCUACCAAGCAAUAUGAGUCAACUAACUGCCCUGCGGUACGUUUCAAUCAGUUAUUGCUGCACAUUACCAGAUGGCUUACAAGGUGUCCCUUCCCUAGGAAGUUUGGAUAUAUCAUGUUGCAAAUGUACUUCAUUACCGGACUGGCUGGGAGACAUGACUUCUCUUCAAAAAUUAAGUAUUGUGUAUUGUACGGAGUUGAGGUCAGUGCCGAGUAGCCUUCAACACCUCACCAACUUGUCUCAUUUAAGGAUAGACGGAUGUCCUCAUCUGAAAAAGCGGUGCAAGAGGGAAACAGGAGAGGAUUGGCAAUACAUAAAGCAUAUUCCAAAAAUACAACUAUAUUUCUGGAGGGAACCGACGUUUUGUGAUGAAUUCAAGAGUAUUUUGUUUACUUCUCCCCGUAAUGUGUCACUCUGUCUUUGAAAAUUUUGUGUAGCCUUUUUCGCGUUGUAUAUAUAUAUUAAAUAUAAACAAAGUUUGAGUAUUCCCCAGAUUUAUGGUUGA